UUAUAGGGGUAAUGAGCUGGAAGUCACAGCUGACAGGAGAGGAGAGAAGGCUCCAAGCUAGUCAAGCAAAUAAAGGUUAAUAGUAGGGUGGUGUUUCCUUCUCAUGUGACCAUAGAAGUGUUGGCUUCUGGAUUGUGCCUGCUUCCUAACAGCCCGUCACAGUGUUUGGAAUAAGAUGUGACCUGUUUAUUUGUAGAAUUAGCCAAUCAAAACAGUACUCUGUGAGCUUCAUUCAAGGCAAGCAGGCACUUGGUAUGUAUGUAAAUAUACCCUGUACCAGAAAGGCUUAACAGGACCCUGCAAAGGAUAGUCAUAGACUGGAUUUCUUCAAACUUGGGAAGAUUGACAAAGCUCUCUUGGACCCUGGAUUAAUGCUUUCAAAAAACCCUUUAGGAAUGUCAGAAGGCGAGAACCUUGGACAAAUUGAAAGCUGGGAAGUCAUUGAUUCCAAAUCUGAAUACAGGCUCUGGCUGAAUCAGUGUUUAGAAGAAGCAAUGAUGAGUUUCUCCAUAUUUCUCCAAGAAAUGUCUCACUUCAAAGAGCAGAAUCCUGGCAAGUUUUGCCUUUUGGUCUGCAGUGUGUGCACAUUCUUCACAAUCUUGGGAAGUUAUGUCCCUGGAAUUGUCCUCUCCUAUCUUCUAGUACUAUGUGCCUUUUUAUGUCCAUUCUUUGCACGCAAUGAAUUUGGACAGAAGGUAUAUAGCAAUAUUAAGCCCCUACUGCUGAAACUGGACUUUGGUGUUGGGGACUAUAUCCAGCAAAAACUGAAAGAGAAAGCUGAAUUGAUAAAAAUAAAGAUGACAGAAGAUGACAGUGAACUGGAUAUAUCAGCCCUGUGUCCCAAGGUUAGUCCCACAGCUGCGGCCAAAGAAUUGUCUGUAUCCGAUACAGAUGUUUCAGAGGCUUCUUGGACUGACAAUGGAACUUUCAAUUUAUCAGAAGGAAACACUCCGCAGACAGACAUAUCUGAUGAUUUUGAUCGCCCCAGUGACCACGAGGAGGUCUUCACAAGAGAUCUUGCAGAAUUUCCAUCUGUGGAAAACGGCAUGGCUACAAACGAUGAGGAUGAUUCCAGCAUCGGCCUGCCUGCCCACCAAGGGAAGAAGAAGGAUCGUCUCUCCGCAGCCCCCUUGGAUCAGGGCACCCAGCCGAGGCGGGAAGGGCACUCUGCAGCAGGCCUUUCCUUGCCUUUGAUCGACAAUCAGGCUGCCAACAUGGCAAGAGCCAUUGCUAGUGAGGUUGUCACGUCCGUGGUGUCAGCAGCUGUCAGAGACCAGUUGCAGUCCCUGCAAGCAGAGCCCAAUUUAGGUGAAGAGACUGACACAGAAGAAGGCGAUGAUUUUGAACUGCUUGACCAAUCAGAGCUUGAGCAGAUGGAGAGUGAACUGGAACUUACCAAAGGCCAGAAGUCUGAGCUAGAGGGAAACAAGAAGUCCUCUGGCUUCCUUUCAAACCUGCUUGGAGGUCAUUAAUAUGCAAAUUGGAGCUGCUUCAUAGUAUAUAGCCAAAACAAAAUACAGACAUAAAAGGCAAAAAAAGAAAAUGAGGAGCUGCAAGCUCCAUCUAUUUUAGAUGUGCUGUAACGUCCUUCAUACAGAGUGAACUUGUUAUAGAGCAGUUGACACUGGUAGUUUUGUUUCCAAUAGCGAUGCCAUAGAAAUGGGGAAAAACACUUAGCCCAUUAUUUUGUCUCAAAGGAAUUUAAGAGGCAAGGAUUUAAUACAUAUACACACACACACAUAUAUAUAUUAAAUUUGCCAAAUGUAGCUCCCUUUUGGCUUAACCAAAUCUUCUUCACCUCCAGCCUUUUUACUCUUAUUUUUCAAACAUAUCGGCAGCAUUGCUUCAGGGAGAGAAAAUACCAACAGGGAACAAAAAGCCAUCAUGUCCUAGUUGCCUCCUGUGUAGCAGAAUAUCAAUACCUCCAGAAUGGAGAAGGGUCUGAAUACUCUUGCAAAUAUCAUCUAAUGUAUAAAAUCAGGGUGCCACCUUCAAAAUGGGUUGCCAUUUUGCCUAAUAUUUGCCUAAUUUCCCCAAUAUUCUUAUUGGCCAAGACGGGAUGAUGCAUUUUCUAAUUAUGGAAAAACAUUGAGGCUUUAGCGCAUUGGUUCUCAGCCUGUGGGUCCCCAGGUGUUUUGGCCUACAACUUCCAGAAAUCCCAGCCAGUUUACCAGCUGUUAGGAUUUCUGGAAGUUGAAGGCCAAAAUAUCUGGGGACUCACAGGUUGAGGACCGCUGCUUUAGAGCCUAACAAAAUAAAUUAAUGUUAUGCUUCAUGUUCCAUCUGAAACCUUGCAUUAGGCCCCAGAAAAUGAAGCAAAAAUACUGUGUUUAAGACUGUAUAUGCUAACUCUGUGGGGGGGGGGGGGUGUACCCAGUGUGAAGCUGACUUUUGGAUGAAAGGGCAGAGAAAUUGAGAAAAUCAAUACAGAAAUUGGAUUGGCAGUCUCUUUAUCGUCAGCUCCAUCGAUUGUGCAAUCUUUUUCUUCCAAAACAUAACUGCAGGGUUGUAUCUAAAACUAUAGAGACCGUUGAUACUGAGUUCUCCCGCAAAAAAAAAAUGCAGAAUAUAUCUGGCAUAUAAGUAGAGAGAUUUUGCCAUAAAACACUCCUAAUAUUUACACUUAGCAUAUUCUGUGGCAGACUUUGGGUCAUCUUAAAAAUGAAACAAUCUUCUAUACUUUCUGGUUUACCUUUUAAAAUUGAUAGAAACAGGCAGUGCCUUAUUAAGGUAAACCAAACUUUAAAGGAAGAAAUGCAACUAGUUUUAGUAGCAUGGUGUAAGAAGCCAGCAGAUUUUGAGGGACCAUAUCAUCUCUUUUGUCAGACUCUUAGAGUUUUACUGACAUUCUAACAUGAAAAACAUUACCUUGUGACCUUUCACCCCCUAGCUGAGUGGGUGAUUUUCUGUCAUAGCAACAAUAAUGAUGUUAAUAUUGCUGAAGAAUAUGCAUUAAAGUAUUAAAGUAUUAAAGUAAAGUAUGCCGGAAGCUCUUUUUUCUUUUCACUCCUGUCCCAUCCAAAAUGUUUAAUAAGACUCCAGACAAACAAUAUCAAACAACCAUGGUAUCAGUUCUCACUCUGAAGUAGCUUGAUCAAGGUAUCUCUGUACCCUUUAGUACUACUUGAUACUAUUAACCAUUCAUCAGGUGCAGAAACAUGUGGUUGCCUGCAAUCACAUGAAUUUGGGCAUUUGAAUGAUGGUACAGACCCAGAGGGGCAUAUGCUUCUUAUGGAUUAUACUUAUGUCUCUGCUUGGAGUGGGUAUCACCCCUUCUUUCUGUUGACUUCAUUCUUUAGCACGGCGCUAUAUGAGGAGCAGGAUUUAUUCCCUGCCAAAGAUGAGAGGCAUCUGUAUGAUCCUAAGCAUAUUUACUCUAUAGCAAGUCUCAUCCACUUCAGUAGGAUCUAUCCGUAGUAAGUGUGUUUAGGAUUGCAGUCGGUAUUGCACUCCUUAAUGCAAUAUUUUGGUUGUUGCUGCCAAUCAAAUGCCCCUCAAGUAAUAUACAUGUGUUCUCAGGUUUUUAUGUAGUUUUAGCUUUGAUUUUAUUGGGAUUGUCUCUCAAGAUUUUAGCAAACAUGUGAAGGAGCAUCUUACAGAUACUACAAAUCCUAUUUUCGAAAUAGAUGUACAAUAAAGCGAAACUAACAGUAAUCUCUCUCUACCUCCUUUUCAACAUCUGCUUCCUGUUCAUGGUGAAGAUAGAGAUUAUUUGAUUUAUAUCCCAUUGUUCUCCCUAAAUUGGGACUGAAAUAUUGAAUUAAACACAUUUUAGGAACACAUUAUUGAAGGAAGUAGAACUCCCACCCAUUUAAGAAAUAAUUGGAGAAUGAAACCUUACCCGUUGUAUGGAUAAGGCUGCAAUUUUAUUCGCUCUUACUUUGGAGUAAGUAACUUAAAUCAGUGGGAUUUACUUCUGAAUAAACACGCACUAGGCUGCAUUGGAAGGAAUAGAGUCUAUUUGACAAGACAGUAGGAAAGGGUUUGGAGCAUCAUCCCAGUUGUGUUGUAUAUUGUAACUGUGUGCACUUUAUUGUUUUGUUUCAAGAAAUGUUUCAGGGAUUUCCAAAUAUCAGAUAUAAUGGUACUUUUCUAAGAAAUAAAGUUCCAUCUAUCGGUGAAAGCAGGAGGGCCUGCUUGAGACUUGUAAAUAAUUCUCUUUCUGGUAUCAGGACUAAAAAGUACAGUCCUAAUGUGAUAAAAUAAAGACCCAGUCAUGAAAACAA